AUGUCAGCUCCGGGAGACGUUUACAUUCACGAUGUCCUCAAGAAAUCGAGCCUCCCCGAUUCGAAGUUGAACAGGAUAUCCUGUCAAUUAACGCAAAACAAGAUUCGGGGUGGCGCUCAGGCGAUGCUUUACGCUGUCGGUUUGAGUGAGGACGAUAUGAACAAGCCUCAGAUUGGGAUUUCUCCAGUGUGGUGGGAAGGGAACCCAUGUAACUCUCACCUUCUUGACCUUGCCAAGCACGUAAAGGAAGGUUGUAAAGCAGAGGAUCUUGUUGGUCUUAUCUUCAAUACCAUUGGCGUCAGCGACGCGAUUACGAUGGGAACAGAUGGAAUGAGAUAUUCUCUGCCAAGUCGAGAUAUCAUUGCAGAUUCAAUCGAAGCUGCUCAACAUUACGACGCCAACAUCUCAAUACCAGGGUGUGACAAGAACAUGCCAGGUUGCUUCAUCGCCGCAGUCCGUCAUAAUCGACCAACGAUCAUUGUUUACGGUGGAACUAUUCAACCGGGCGUCCGGCAUGUCGAUUGCCCUUCGAUGGGCAAGGAAAAAGGUGGAUCAGUGAAUAUCUCUGACGCAUUUGAAUCUUAUGGGGCAUUCGCCGUUGGAAAAAUUAACGACGUGGAGCGAUUUGAUGUCGUUCGCCACGCAUGUCCUGGCGCAGGGGCUUGUGGAGGCAUGUACACUGCGAACACCAUGAGUUCAGCCCUUGAGGCUCUUGGGAUAUCUUUGCCCUAUUCAUCGAGCACGCCAGCCCUGUACCCCGAGAAGGUUCAAGAGUGUUUUCGAGCAGCAAAGUAUUUAAAACGUUUGCUUGAAUUAGAUCUGAAGCCCAAGGACAUUUUGACCCGAAACUCGUUUUUAAAUGCUAUCGUCAUCAUAACCGUUCUCGGUGGCUCCACGAAUGCAGUUUUGCACUUGCUAGCUAUGGCUCGCGCAGCUGAGGUAGAACUCACAAUCGAUGACUUCCAAAUGAUUGCAGACAAAACGCCUUUCCUGGCCGAUUUAAUGCCUUCAGGGAGGUAUUAUAUGGAGGAUAUCCACAAGAUCGGAGGAAUCCCUGCCAUUCUGAAAUACCUAUUGAACCACACCGAUCUUAUCGAUGGGACACAGAUGACGGUGACCGGGCGUACUUUGGCAGAAAACCUCGCAGAUGUACCUGAGCUCGAGUUCGAUAAGCAAGAUGUUGUUCGAAGCUUGAGCAAUCCUAUCAAGAAAACGGGCCAUAUCACGAUCAUGCGGGGAAAUCUAGCUCCAGAGACGGCCGUAGCCAAACUCACAGGGAAAGAAGGUCUCAAAUUUGAGGGAAUUGCGAGAUGCUUUGAUAGCUUGGAUGGAUUCUAUCCAGCGCUUGAGGCGGGUGAGAUCAAGGCAGGCACGGUGCUUAUCUUUAGGUAUCAAGGACCAAAAGGUGCACCCGGUAUGCCCGAGAUGCUUGGUCCAACAGGAGCCAUUGCAGGCGCUGGACUUGCUCGUUCCACAGCCUUAAUAACAGAUGGUCGCUUCUCAGGAGCCAGUCGAGGAUUUAUCAUAGGUCACGUCGUGCCGGAAGCCCGUGUUGGAGGACCUAUCGCACUCGUUAAGAAUGGGGACCGAAUCGUCAUUGAUUCCGAGACCCGAACGAUCAACUGGCUGGUUGAUGAGAACGAACAAAAACUGCGCAAGGCAGAAUGGGAUGCCUCAGAGAAUUCGAAAUUCAAUGUCGGGCGGGGUGUACUUUUGAGGUACGCUCGAGAUGUCGCACCGGCCAACCUUGGAGCAUAUUGCGAUUGA